CCUCCACGACCAGAUAGCUUUGUAGCUAAAAUGAUACGGAACCCGAAAACCCACACGAACAACGCAUUUAAUUUCAUCUGUUAGUAUUUAUUGAUACAUCAAACGACGUCAAUAAUCAACGUGUGUUUACGGAUAACACGCGUGGUAACGUACCUCUAUCGAGGAUAAAGUAGCUUUAAAUUGGUUAUUUUGAACUGCACCAGAUUUAUGUGAGGACAAAGGCCUACACAUUGCUCGCUGCUUCCAAAAGCAUGUAUCCCUCUUGGGGUAGUAACUAUGGUGGUGGUGGUGGUGGUGGUGGCGGCCAUCAACCACCAUCGCAGCAGCACUUCGGUGCACCGAGGGGUCAGUCUCCUCAAGGCGAAGGCUUCGGGGGAGGAUUCGGGGGCUAUGGAGCUGCUACACCCGCAGCUGCACCCGGGUCGACGUUCAACAGCCUGCGGGAGCAGCAUCUCCAGCAGAUGCAGCAGCUGCAACAGCUCCACCAAAAACAGCUCCAAUCUGUGCUGCACCACGACAGGACCGUACCUGAAACCCCUUACGGCGGCAGCGGUGGUCCUACGGCCGAGUCGUGGCAAGGCAACUCGGGAUAUGGGUAUGGUUCAACGGGGACCGGUGCCCCUUCCUCAUACCAAGAGGAGUAUCAGUCCAUGCAAGGCCCUUCCCUUUAUCAAGAGGAGUAUCAGACCAUGGAAACCGGGGCGCCAAGCCCACAACUUCAGCCAGCGCAGCCCAAAGAGACCCAGCUUCCCCCAUCAGAGGCGAACCCACAGGUACCCACUCAGAACAAUGGUACACCAGCUACUAAAGAGGAGCAGCAGCAGUAUUGGUACAAGCAGCAUCUCCAGAAUCUGCAGAGGCUGAAAGCAGAGAACAAACAGGGCCAGGGUGAUGGCCCAGCACCCCCACCUCCCAAACCCCAGCCCCACUCGGCGGCAGCCGCCCCUCCCCCUCCAUCGGAACCACCCAAGAACGCCCCUCCACCACCACCUCCAAAAGAGGAGCCCCCACCACCACCUCCACCCGAUGACACAAAGCCUGCCCCCAUGACCCAGGACCCAGUAGAGGUGGCCCGCCUGCAGCAGCUCCAGAGUGCAGCGGCCCAGUGGCAGCAGGCCCAGCAGCAGAGAGCAGGCUACCAGUACCAAGCCCUGAUGCAGCACCAUGCUCAGCUACAGACCAUCCUCAACCAGUACCAGCAGUGUAUCCAACAACCUGCACAGCUAGAGACAAUGUCUAUGGCCAUGCAGCUGAGUCACUAUGAGACGCAGCAGAAGCAGUUUGGCCCGGUGUUUGAAGACUGGGGCCGCACCUUCAGCCAAUGGCAAGAGCAGUUCCAGUCCUACCCACAUAAAGACCAGCUACAGGACUACGAGUUACAGUGGAAGCAGUGGCAGGAACAGAUGAACUCCACCUCAGCACACCUACAGGAGAGGGUGACCACCCUGCGAGCCAUGCAGCAGCAGUACGGAGGCAGUGCUGGGCAAUACGGCGCUGACCAAUACAGUAGUAGUGACCGGUAUGGUACUGGAGGGUAUGGGGACCAGUACAGCCAAUAUGGUCAGUACCCACACUCUGGACCGGACUCGCAGAUUCAACAAGGCCCCAUGGUGAGCCCGUCUAUGCCGUCCCAGCCAGGUAGCCAGCCCUCGUCCACCUCUGGACCCAUGUCCCAGGGCCCUCCACCAGGGCAGCACGGCCCCUCCAACGCCCAACGCGUGGGAACCUCCACAGGAGAACCGCAACACGGCCCCUCCAACGCCCAACGCGUGGGAACCUCCACAGGAGAACCGCAACACGGCCCCUCCAACGCCCAACGCGUGGGAACCUCCACAGGAGAACCGCAACACGGCCUCUCCAAUGCCCAACGUGUGGGAACCUCCACAGGAGAACCGCAACACGGCCUCUCCAACGCCCAACGUGUGGGAACCUCCACAGGAGAACCGCAACACGGCCUCUCCAACGCCCAACGUGUGGGAACCUCCACAGGAGAACUGCAGCACGGCCUCUCCAACGCCCAACGUGUGGGAACCUCCACAGGAGAACCACACCACGGCCCUCCACCGGGACACCAGGGCCCUCCACCGGGGCACCAGGGUCCUCCACCGGGGCACCAGGGCCCUCCACCGGGGCACCAGGGCCCUCCACCGGGGCACCAGGGCCCUCCACCGGGGCACCAGGGCCCUCCACCGGGGCACCAGGGCCUUCCUCCCGGGCACCAGGGCCCUCCACCAGGGCACCAGGGCCCUCCACCAGGGCACCAGGGCCCUCCACCCGGGCACCAGGGCCCUCCACCAGGGCACCAGGGCCCUCCACCAGGGCACCAGGGCCCUCCACCCGGGCACCAGGGCCCUCCACCAGGGCACCAGGGCCCUCAGUCAGAGCAGUACAACCUGUCUGGACCCCCUGGUAGAGGGGCAGGCCCAGGAGGGAGAGGGUUGGCCAGACCACCAGGUCCACAAGGAGGACAGCCUCCGUCCUACCAAGGCCCCAGAGGACCAAGGUUUGACGGUCCGAGAGGGAACGGCCCGCGGUUUGACCAGCAGCAGUCCGGUCAACAGCAGAGGUUCAACGCUCCACCGGGUCCCAGGUUCAACCAGCAGCACCCAAGGUUUGAUCAGCUUGGCCCCAGAGGACCAGGGCCUCGGUUCGGACAGCAGGGACCUCACUUCGACCACCCCCCGAGACAGAGCCCCCCAGCCCGCUUUGAAAGGCCCCCGGGCCCCUCAGCACCUUAUAUAGGCCCACAGCCUAAACCAGACACGGGCAAAGACACCAAACUACCUCAGGGUAAGACUGAGAUGCCAGCAGGCUCCAAGCCUCCUGGUAUUAAACCUACUGGGCCAGCUAAACCAUUAGCAGUCAGUACAACUAAGCAAGGUGCAUUGGCAGAACCAGGGGAUAUGUCAGAGGACAUGUUGGAGUCCCUUGGGAGCUUCUUCGUCCAAAACGACCCCAUCCCUCAGACGAAAGCAGAGGCUGAUGCUGCUGCUACUGCUGCUAGUAAGGACUCCAAAAAGGAAGAGGUGACUCCCCCUGCUGCUGCCGGUGCCAAGCACCCCCCUUCUGUAACCCCAGAAACCGCUUCCCCUGCCAAGAACGCUCCCAAAUCAGGUGGACCGGCCGGGCCGUUGAAGACUAACGUCAGUAACAACAACGGGCCUCCGGGACCGCAGGGGCCUAAGUCUCACGGACCGGAGCCGCCGAAGACCGACACAAUGACCAACCAACCCGCUGGUCAUCUGGGGCUCAUGGGCCGUGGUAGAGGGGGACGUGGCCAGCCUCUAUGGCCUGUAAGAGGGGAGGAGGACGGAGGUAGAGACGGCGGGAUGAGGGGAGGGAGAGGGCGAGGGGAGGUGGACGGAGGGAUGAGGGGAGGGAGAGGACGAGGGGAAGCGGACGGCGGGACGAGGGAAGGGAGAGGACGAGGGGAGGCAGGUGGAGGGAUGCGAGGGCGAGGUGGUCUAUGGGGACGUGGAGGGAAACAGUCGGGUAUCCCAGACUUCAGUACCAACACUAUCCCUCUGGGAGGUGGGAGGACGGACGACGACAUGGAGGGGGUUCCUUACGCCUACAGACCUCCACAUGAAGAGAUGCGAUCACAACAUGGAGGACCAGAGGAGGACUGGCAGGACUGGCAGCAAGACCCUUCCCUGGAGAAACCUGAAGGUCCUCCUCUGCCUGAAGAGGAGAUGUGGGUCCCUGAAGAGCACUACUACCCUCCAGAGGACUACUACGAAGACUCAGGGAGAGGAGGUCCCCCUAUGGGGAGAGGAGAGCCUCUAGAUGGGCACCACUGGGAGGAAGCAGACCCCCCACAUCCAGAGUACUGGGGAGAGGAAGGAGAUCCCUACUGGAUGGACCGGAGGCCCUCUCCUCAUGGCAUGAGAGGAGGCCCCCGAGCCCUGUUCCCCCCUGGGCGUGGUCGCCCCCCACGAGGCAGGCCCGGCUUCAUGCACCAGGGUGGUCCCAGACGCCCCCUUCCACCUCCUCACGGAGCCAUGGACCCCCAUGAACCUCUCGGAUCCCCCAUGGGGCCUGACGAUGACAUGGACCCUCUGGGACCCCCGCUGCAUCGGGAAUACAACCCCAGAGGGCCCAUACACCACGAUAUGAUGGAGCGAGAUAUGAGGGGACGGCCUCCUCCGCCUAGAGAGAUGAUGGACAGAGAUCUGAUGGGGCCUGGUGGUCAUCCUCCAUAUCACGACAUGGAGAUGGACCCUGGCUGGCCCCCGGGCCCUGGACGACCCCCCCACCUCGGCAGAGACGGGCCGAGAGGUCCCCCUCCGCCUCCCCAUGAGAUGACGGAGCGGGGAGGGAUGAGGAGGCGUCCGUUGGGACCUCGGGGCGCCCCAAUGGGCCGGGGCGUGAUGCGGCACCCACCUCGCUCACCCGAGGACUUGGAGGGGUACCCCCAUGAGGGGUAUGGGGAGGGGUUCGGUGGUCCCGGUGAUGAUGGGUAUGGAAGAACGCUGCCGCCACGUGACUGGCCGGACCACCCCUCACACGAGUACGACUGUGAGAAGGAGUAUUAUCCCCAGGAGCCUCCUCGUGUUGGGGUGUGGGACAGGGAGAGAGGAGGACCACUACCGGAGAGGGACUAUUCUCCCAACCCUUCCCGCGGUCCUCCACCUCCCCCAGACCGUUUCAGAGAUGACGAGUGGAACGAUGAGAGAAACCGAGACCGUCCUCCAUACCCCUACGAGGGAGACAGAGAACGUCCUCCAUACCCCUACGAGGGAGAAGAGCGUGGAAGAGGAGGAGAGCUUCGAAGUCGAGACUUCCCGGACGACCCUUCGUACAGGCACGAUGAACGCCCCUACCCAUCCCCUGCUGAAUGGGAGAGACCCAGACCCCUUCCAGAGAGAAACUACCCCCCAGAUUUUGAGGACCAUAGGCCGCAUUACGACGGGCGACCCGAGCCCUCUAGAUCAGAUCUAGGUAUCCCUCCACCCACCCCUUCCCAGGCCCUUGCUCCUCCCACUACUGGACCAGACAGUUCUCAGGAACCAGCCUCACAGGGAACUGGACCGGGCAUACUGGCUCUGUCACAACGACAACAUGAGAUCAUCCUAAAAGCUGCCCAGGAGCUGAAGCUUAUCAGGUCUGUUUCUCUGGUACUGAACAGAGAAAUGCAGGAGAAUAAGACUGAGGGAGAUGCCCUACCCAUCACGUCUGACCCCAAGACGGAGCUCCCUGCUGGGCUACUGGGGCUGGAGAUCCCCCCUGAGGUCCGCAGUGCCCUCCAGGCAACCAACCUUAUGUCCAGCUUGGCUCCUACUAAAUUGAAAUGGGGAGACACCAAGCCUCCAGAUACUGGUUACGUGUCCACGGCUCCUCCAGUCACCCCCAAGACUGUCGACUAUGGACAUGGACAUGACCUCGGUGCUGCCACGGUGGAGCGGAUCUCGUACGGUGAAAGGAUUGUGUUGAGACCCGAUCCCUUACCUGACAGAGAGAGAGAGAGGAGCUAUGAAAAAGAAUCCCUGGGCCCCCUGAGAGACCCCUACCACAGGGACCUGUACUACGACAGACGACCGGUGGGCCCCUACAUGGAGCGCAGGGAGUACAGCAGGGAGAGGGAGAUGUACAGAGAGAAAGCUCCCAUGGACUUUGAAAGAGAACCAUACGAGAGGGAGCGCUAUCCGCCUCGAGAUGACAGACCACCCCCCGGCCAUCCUCCACCUCGCCCGGGCUUCAGGGAGAGGGACAUGAGGGAGGGCAGCCGGACCAGUAGAGAUGGAGAGGAACCUUAUGGAAGGCCUGGGGGUUACGACAGACCUCCGUACGAGCGUGGGCCUGAACGUGGGCCUGAGCGCUUCGAUCAUGGUGCUUCACCAUACGGCGAACGGAGGAGUUACCCAGAAGAGAGAGGAGGAGGCCCCACGUCGUCCCACCCUCCUCCCCCAUCGGCUGCUCCUCCUUCCAGGAUCGAGAAGAAACCGGAGACCAAGAACGUGGAGGAUCUUCUCAAACUACCAGGCCGAGACACUCGUCCAGAAAGGAUCGUCAUCAUAAUGAGAGGCCUACCAGGAAGUGGUAAAAGUCAUGUGGCCAAGCUGAUACGGGACAAGGAGGUGGAGUGUGGAGGGGCUCCACCCAGAGUGCUGGGGUUAGACGACUACUUCAUGACGGAGGUGGAGAAGAUGGAGAAGGACCAAGAUACAGGGAAACGAGUCAAACUUAAGUGUCUGGAAUACGAGUACGAAGCGGAGAUGGAAGACACGUACAGGAACAGCAUGCUGAAAACAUUCAGGAAGACCCUAGACGACGGCUUCUUCCCUUUCAUCAUCAUCGACGCUAUCAAUGACCGGGUUAAAUACUUUGAUCAGUUCUGGAGUGCUGCCAAGACUAAAGGCUUCGAGGUGUACUUGGCUGAAAUCUCGGCAGACUAUCAGACUUGCGCUAAAAGAAACGCCCACGGCCGGAAGAUGAGGGAUAUUCAAAAGAUGUCCAGUAACUGGGAGUCGUCACCGCGUCACAUGAUGCGGCUGGAUGUCCGUUCCCUGCUUCAGGAUGCUGCUAUUGAGGAGGUUGAAAUGGAAGACUUCAACCCUGAUGAUGAGUCGCUGAAGAAGCCCAAGAAGAAUAAGGAGGAGGAGGAAGAAGACGUUAAGGGUUACAUUCCACAAAGCAAAUGGGAGAUGGACACUUCUGAUGCGAAACUAGACAAGCUGGACGGCCUGGUGAUGGGGGGGAAGAGGAAGAGGGAGGGAGACGACUUUCAGCUAACGGACGACUACGCCACACGCCACUCUGAGCCUGGCAAGAAGAGGGUUCGCUGGGCUGACCUCGAAGAGCAGAAGGACGCAGAGCGCAAGCGUGAUAUCGGCUUUGUGGUGGGUCAAACAGACUGGGAGAAAAUCACCGACCAGAGCGGACAGAUAGCUCAGAGAGCUCUGAACCGCACUAAGUAUUUCUAGUAACAGAAGAUCAUUGCCCCCACCCCUGCUUCCUGGUUUAUAGGUCUGCAGACUGAAUAUCAGACACACUCUACAGGCCGGCGUUUAGGAAAUACGUAGCUGUUUAUUCCAUUAGAAUAUUUAGAAUUUAGAAUUCAUUUAGAAUUGUGUAGUUAUUUUCUUUCAUCCUAUGCUUUUCGAUUGGUAAGUUGUUUGUUUUUUUUGCACCAGUGUGCUUCUCAUUUUAUACUGUACGAGCUGUAACGUCUACGUGUAUGUUAGCACUGUUGCUUAUUUUAAGAAAUAACCGAAAGAAAACAAUAAAAGGUUUCACACACACACAAAAACAAGCAGGAGAGUCUCGUGUGAGUGGUCAUAUGGGCUACGUCAUGGAGAGUCUUCUGUGAUGUCUGUUUUCAUGUGAACCACAUUCAGUAGAACCUCAAAGAUACAAACCUAAUUUUAUGGUGAUAUUUUUUUUUUGUCUCUUAUUUUAUUUUAUUUUUAAGUUACGAAUAUUUCAGUAUUUCAAAAACAACCUCCAUUUCCCUCUGCGUUCGUAUCUCUAAGGUCCUACUGUGUUACAGGAAGUAUGUAGCCUAGGUUAGAGUGGCGGAACAGAAACAGGAAGGUAUUUGGUUCAAGCCCUGAGCCUAGCAAGGAAGUGGAAAAUGGACUGCUGGUGUCUUGAGUCACUGGCUGCCAUUGUGCCCAUGAGCAAGGAACUCUCAAACUGCUACACGGAGGCUGCACUGUGUCUUACCCUUUGCCUCUCAGUGCAUGUGUGUGUCGGGGGGGGGGGGGGGGGGGGGUUGGGUAACGCAAAAUGAAAUGAGUUUUCAGUACUCAAUCAAACCACAUAGUAUCACUGUCUUUAAUUUGAUUUUAAUUCAAAAAAUCUGUUACCUCAUUGCAUUUCACAUAAUUUAACCUCCUAAACUUUAAGAAAGUUCACACUCAUUGUUUCUUGCAACAAAUAAAAUACUGAAUUGAAAGUCCA